AUGACCGAUCAACCUCGGAUCCUUAUUGUUGGCGGUGGCUCGGGAAUAGGCGACUGCAUUACAGACUUCCUCGUUCGGAAGCAUAAUGCCAAGGUCAUAGUCCAGAGCUUGCACGUAUCAGACCGGGUCGAAAGAUUAGCACGCCAGGGCCAAAUUAUCCUUGUUCAUGGCGAUGCAACCAAAACAAAGGUUUUGGAUCAGACAUUCAAUGCUGUUCAAGAGAGCCUCGGCGGUUUGGAUGCCCUCGUUAUCACCAUGGGCGUCAUCGGGGAGAUCGAGACCGUGAGCCGCAUGGAUAUGAGCAAGAUGCGCGCAGCAUUCGAGGUCAACUUACUCGUACCAGUCCAGCUUUGCCAACAAUAUCUUCCCUUGCUCAAGAAGACUCACGGCCGUAUUAUUGUCCUUUCAUCCGCCGCGGAUAACGAGGUCAAAUACGCGGGCUGGAGUCCGUAUUGCUCAAGCAAGGCAGCACUGACGCGCUUCAUUCAAGUGCUGGGCCACGAAGAAGACGACGUGCGCAUCUUUGGCGUUUACCCGGGCCUCACCCGGACGCCUAUGGUUACAGACUUGGUUUCGGGGAGGUUCCGCGGGAAGAUGAAGGAUGACGAGAUUGCAGAGUUUCAGCGUCGUGACCGCGACGGCGAGAUAGAGCCCCCCGAGUGGACAGCAAACGUGGUUGCAAAGCUGGCGGUAUCUGCAGUUCAUGCUGGGGACUCUGGCUCCGUUCGCUGGUACCAUGAAAUUGAUCCCAAUUACAAGGGGUAG